GAUAUUUACUUUAUUUAUCUGCACGAUUAAAGAUAGUAUCACGGUUAAAGAUAUAGCUGGUAUAUCUUUAACCGUGGAUAGUAUGGUUGCCCAACGAAUCUAGAAUAGUGUCUACCGAAAUGAAUCUCCAUUAUCAGUAUUAAACGGCUGGAAACUUACGCUCUAGCGCUUAUUUGUUGUAGUGACUCUAAAUGCAAUUACGUUUCAAAUGUAAAUUGUAGUUCCGUGAUAGCCACAAUGACAUAUAAGCGGUAGUGCUUAAGUCUCCAGCUGUUUAAUUUAACUUUAAUACUGAUUAUAGGGAAUCAUUUCGGUAGACACUUUUCAAGUAUGAAAUACGUCGAUGGGCAACCAUAACAGUAUGGUCCAUACCACGAACUACUACAUAGUACUACGUAGUAGUUCGUGGUCCAUACUAUCUAUAGCCGUGUUUAUUUGAUAUCAAAGUUUGAUAAGGUUUAUUUUAAUUUUUAAAUAUCUUGUACAACUCUCGUAUCACCACUACGGCACUAAUGCACUUCCACGGCAUUACGUCAGUUUAUGUUGAUGAAUUCGUUAAACUAUGGGUAUUCUCGAAAAAAUAUCGGAAAUUGAAAAGGAAAUUUCCAGAACUCAAAAAAAUAAAGCUACCGAAUACCAUUUGGGCUUAUUAAAAGCCAAACUUGCCAAGUAUCGUGCUCAAUUGUUGGAACCAUCUAAAAAACAAGAAAAGGGAGAAGGAUUUGAUGUGUUGAAGUCUGGUGAUGCUAGAGUGGCUUUGAUUGGUUUUCCAUCUGUUGGUAAAUCAACCCUUUUGAGUACGUUGACACAUACAGAAAGUGAAGCAGCUUCUUAUGAAUUUACUACUCUGACUUGUAUUCCUGGAGUAAUUGAAUACAAGGAUGCCAAUAUUCAGCUAUUGGAUUUACCUGGUAUCAUUGAAGGUGCAUCUCAAGGAAAAGGACGGGGUAGACAGGUUAUAGCAGUUGCCAGGACUGCAGAUUUAGUAUUGAUGAUGUUGGAUGCUACAAAGCAAGAUAUUCAGCGUCAAUUAUUAGAAAAAGAACUGGAAAGUGUUGGAAUACGUUUAAAUAAACGGAAGCCAAAUAUUUAUUUCAAGGUAAAGAAAGGUGGUGGUUUGGCAUUUAAUGCCACUUGCCCAUUAAGCAGAGUUGAUGAAAAACUAGUUCAAGUUAUUUUACAUGAGUAUAAAAUAUUCAAUGCAGAAGUCCUAUUUCGAGAAGAUUGUACACCUGAUGAACUAAUUGAUGUGAUUUCUGACAACCGUGUUUACCUACCAUGUAUGUAUGUUUACAACAAAAUUGAUCAAAUAUCUAUCGAGGAAGUUGACAGGAUUGCCAGACAACCUAAUAGUGUUGUAGUCAGCUGUAAUAUGAAGCUAAAUCUAGAUUAUUUACUGGAAGUAUUGUGGCAAUAUUUAUCAUUGAUUCGAGUAUAUACUAAAAAACCAGGUCAACCACCAGAUUUCGAUGAUUGUUUAAUUUUAAGAAAAGGUGUUUCUGUGGAACAUGUUUGUCAUUCAAUACAUCGUACCUUAGCAGAACAAUUUAAAUAUGCUUUAGUUUGGGGUACAAGUACAAAAUAUUCACCUCAAAGAGUGGGCCUGCAGCAUAUUAUGCAUGAUGAAGAUGUUAUACAAGUUGUGAAAAAAUAA